ACCUAUAGUAAAAUGUUGAAUUAAGAUCUAGAGUGUUAAAUGAACACCAUGGGCGUUGACUUAAGCCAACUGGAUACAAACCUUGUAACCAAUGGGGAUUUUAAGAAUUAACUACCUUUUAUAUAGGGUAUAUUGUUUACAGGCCGAAAACUACAAUAACUGCCGAAUGCUUUAUGAUUUACAGUUAUACUGUAGCAAUUGUAACUAUUUGCAUAAAACAAACAAACAAAAUGAGAGGAGUGAAAAAAUAAAAACAAACAAAAGAAGCGCUGGUGAGUGGGCGGGAGCUGUUGUUGCUGUCAUAGGAUGCUUCGCUGUCAUGAAGAAUUCCUGCGCUGACUGAAUAGGAUACUGGAUACUUCUAGCGUGAACCUCCCUCCCUCACUGCUGUAGCUAUGGCGGCUCCUUUAGAGCAGCUAGAUAAGUGGAAAGAUUUUAACGAAUUCACGGAUAUUGCGGAACGGGAAAAGCAACUACAUCGGCUUAACUUGAACGUCGAGGAAGUAUCGGAGCUCCUGAAGGGCUUCCCAGACCACGAUAAAGGCCUGUGUGGGGAGACGUUCAGUUUCAAAUCUAUGGAGGACCUGGUAAACGAUUUCGACGAAAAAUUAAUCGGGUGCUUUGGAAAUUUCAACAAUAAAUCCACCGAAGUAAAAGCUCCUGUAAAACCAAUAUCCGAGGAUACCGUUUUAAAAAAUGACGAGAUCUGGAAUGCCCUGACGGAUAACUAUGGCAAUGUCAUGCCAGUUGACUGGAGUCAUUCUCGCUCUCGGUCCCUUCACCUCCCGACCCUUAACAUUGAGGACAGGCCAAAGGUGGAUAAUAUGAAUUUGGAUGUAUCUGAUGAUGAGGAUUUGAGGGAACAAAUGGACAUGCACUCCAUCAUUGUGUCCUGCAUUAGUGAGGAGCCCCUCUUCACUGCAGAGCAGGUAAUUGAGGAGAUUGAGGAAAUGAUGCAGAACUCUCCAGAUUCGGAAGCAGAACAGAGCGCCACUCAGUCAGACCUGUUCCAGAGAGCAAGCAGUAACUGCCACAGCUAUGAGGAGAGAGUGAGGAACCUUAGUGUUGCAGAGCUAAAUGAGUUACUGGAGGAGGUGGAGACAGCCAUUUGUCGCUACUCUGAGGAGCUGGUCCAGCACCUGGCGCUGAGAGAUGAGUUGGACUUUGAAAAGGAGGUGAAGAACAGUUUCAUCUCUGUGCUAAUAGACGUGCAGAACCGUCAGAAGGAACACAGAGAAUUCCUGAAAAAGAAGAGGAAACUAAAAAACGGAGCUGGAGGCCAGCAUGGCAGAGCAGAGAGAUUACCGAAAAGUCGCUUCAGCAUGGAGAGCAUCUCUACUGCCAUUCAAAACGGCUUGCGUCAAACCUUUGGGAAUGGGGUCGGGGACAAACAGGUGGCUGUUCUCUUCCCUUCCUUUCAUUUCUUUCUCAAGAUCUCAGAUUUCAUCAACAGAUAUAAGGCAAACAGAGACUUAAAGUAUGACUGUUUCUUUUUGCAAGGGUCUGUCCAUUCCACCUUUAGCCAUAUUAAUACUAUGGCUAUAACUGGUCUUGACCUUCCACUCUCCUCACAAGUGUCUUCAACAUUCUCACAGUAUCUCACUACAGUCAUCCCUUAUGAGAAGAAGGGUGGGCCACCAUCAGUUGGGGAUCUUCAGAUUCUCACAAAAAUUCUUGAAGCCAUGAGGGAUGACAGUGACAAUGUCCCCAGUCUUCUCACAGACUACAUCCUUAAAGUGCUUUGCCCCACAUGAAUUGACAGAAAAAGGACGUUUCCAUGAAAUUAUUUCCAGAUGGACUUUCUCAGUGCGUUUCACUUCACAUUUAAUCACUCAAAUUUUAUUUUUCAUCUCUUCCAUCAUAAGGACUAUGAUGGUUUUCAUGCCACACACUGACAUGCAGUAUUAUCUCAACUCUGAUACUUUAUGUCAGAAGUUUAAUUCAUCUGAAGAACAACAAAAAGGUGUGACUUUAUAAAACGAAAGUGCUCUUAUAACCACCUCUGGAAAAUGCAUGUUUCAUUUUGGUCUUUAUUUACGCACUAUAAAUGCAAAGACCAUGUGAUGCCAUAGGCUGUUUAAAUUUGUAUUGCUUUAAAAUUGACAAUGUUCUUUUGUUUAGCUGUAGUUUUGCUCCAAGGGGUGUUGUAGCUUCAAUCCUAAGGGUUGACUAGUUUUCCUGUAUCCCGAGAACACACUCUGUGUUAUAUGGGUAUUGCUGUUCUCAAGUUACAUUCUUUAGAGAAAAAAAUAAAAUAAACUUGUCACAAAAUAAAUUAUUGUUUAUGAGACUUAUUUAGACCUUAACAUCAAAACAUCAAACUGUUAUGCCAAAUAAGUAAAUUAGGCUGAAGUGACAAUGAUGGGAAAACUGUACAACUAAUACUGAAUCAUUCUUGAGUCUGUCAAAUAAAUUUCUGUUUAAUCA